GCCUCAUUAUUCUCACCAUGUUCCAACUGCAUCCCCUCUCAGCCGACGACCUGCCUGCCCUGGUGGCUCUGUGGUAUGAUAGCUUUAGCAUCCCCAUCAACCUCCGUCUCUUCCCCGACACCGCUGGCGUACGUGCCUGGCUAGAGGGCUAUCACCGGGUCAGCCUCGACAGCCCCGAUCAACACUAUCUCAAAAUCACGUUGGACAGCGCAUCGUCGCCUCUGGUGGCCAUUGUCAAGUGGGAUUUCAACACCACCGCGCCGGGCCACCGCUUCCCGGCCUGGCAUGACGAGUCCGACCGAGCCUUCUGCGACGCCUUCUUCGGGUCCAUCGACAAAGCGCGACGGAAGAUUAUGGGCACGCGGCAGCACUACUAUCUCGACACUCUCCUCACCCACCCCGGCUACCAGCGGCAAGGGGCCGGCUCGAUGCUGAUCCGCUGGGGAUGCGACCGGGCCGAUCACGACGGGCUCCCCAUCUGGGUGGAUGCCAGCCCGGAGGGGGCCGUGCUAUACCAGCGCUUUGGCUUUCGCGAUGUCAGUGUGCCUGGGGUCACCCCCGAGGGGGCUGUCUCCAUGCUCCGGGAUCCGAUCCCGGCGGAUGCCUCGUAGCAUUUCGUUGAUAAUAUAAAGAGCUUGAU